CCCCGCGGCAUCAUGUUGUGCGGGGAGGGCUCUCCUGCGAGGCUGCUCGAAUGGCUCCGUCCCCGCCUGGGGCUGGGGGACAGGCAUGGAUAACUUCGAGUACAGCAUCCAGCUGAACGACCGCGAGUGGGCCGAGUUCGUGCGGGCCUCCGAGGAGUGCAGCCUGGCGCCGGCCUCGCUGGCCACGGCCGAGGAGCAGAGCCUCAGUGACAUUGAGCAAGGGGACACCUCGGGCCGGGACUGUCCCCGCAGCGGCGAGCCGGGGACCGCGGCCAGGCGGGGCAGCGAGCCAGCGGCUGGCACGGGCAGCGCUGCGCCACGUGGGGCGGCCACUGACACCGCCCUGCGCUGGCCACAGCCCGCGGGGCAGCUCCCGGAGCUGCUGUCGGGCGGCGGGGACGAAGCGCAGCUGGGCUCUGCGGGCAGGUUCCUGUGUGACAGCGGCGAGCCCGGCCUGGCACUCGCCGCCAUGCCCAGCGCGCAGAGGAGGCAGCCACCAAGGCCACCCACGGCCACCACGGCUGCUGGUGGCACCGGCCAGGCCAGUUCUGGGCAGGACACGGCGGAGAAAGGAGAGGCCAUGGAGCCCCCCGAGCAGGGCGGGCAGGCUGGAGGGGGACAAACCCCGGGGGCACAGCCGGGAGCGGUGGCACAGCCGGGAGAGGUGACACAACCAGGAAUGAUGGCACAGACAGGAUUGGUGACACAGCCGGGAGCGGUGGCACAGCCAGGAGUGAUGGCACAGCCAGGAAAGGCUCCAGCAGCCUCUGGCUCCGCGGAGGGAGCGGCCGAGAGAAGCGCUGAGCCCCCGGGGGACCCCCCGAGCCCAUCGCUGGGGUCGCAGCCCAGGGUGGCGGCGGAGGAGGAGAAGCCGGGCCCGGAGCCGAGCUCCCCGGGCGGAUCCCCCAGCGUGGUUCGGCCCAAGGUGCCGGCCCAGCCCAGGAAGAGCCGCAGGCAGCGCGGAGCCAGCGGCACCGAGGGGGAGCGGGACCCUGCGGGCGCCGCGGCACCGGGAGCCGGGAAGGCACCGCCGGGAUCCCCGAUGUCCCCUCGGAAGGGCAGAGGGAAGGACAAGGCGGCCAAGGGAGCGCUGGUGAGGCUGGGCAGCGAGGAGGCGGCCGAGAACAAGCGGUCGGUGCCCGGCCCGGGCGGGGACGGCGGCGAUGCUCCCCCAAAGCAGAGGGGGAAGGAGCCGGGGGCGCAGUCCCCAGGGAAGGCAAAGGCCACCAAGCAGCCAAAGGCAGGGCUGGGCGUACGUGACAGUGUCCCCGCGGUCCCUGAGGUGUGCCAGGAGAUGCCAGGGAAGCCUCUGCAGCCCGGGAGCGUGGCAGCGUUUGGAGGGAAUGCUGCUGAGGGGGCUGGGGGGGAGCCUGCUGCUGAGAUCCCCGGAAUUCCUGCAGCUGAGAUCCCCGGAAUUCCUGCAGCUGAGAUCCCCAGAAUUCCUGCAGCUGAGAUCCCCGGAAUUCCUGCUGCUGAGAUCCCCAGAAUUCCUGCAGCUGAGAUCCCCAGAAUUCCUGCUGCUGAGAUCCCCGGAAUUCCUGCUGCUGAGAUCCCCGGAAUUCCUGCUGCUGAGAUCCCCAGAAUUCCUGCAGCUGAGAUCCCCGGAAUUCCUGCUGCUGAGAUCCCUGGAGCUCCUGCAGCUGAGAUCCCUGGAAUUCCUGCAGCUGAGAUCCCUGGAAUUCCUGCAGCUGAGAUCCCUGGAAUUCCUGCAGCUGAGAUCCCUGGAAUUCCUGCUGCUGAGAUCCCCGGAAUUCCUGCUGCUGAGAUCCCUGGAAUUGCUACUGCUGAGAUCCCUGCUGCUCCUGCUGCUGAGAUUCCCAGGAAGUCUGCAGCUGUUAUUCCCAGGAAACUCUCAGAGAUCCCUGGAGCUCCUGCAGCUGAGAUCUCUGCAGUUCCUGCAGCUGAGAUCCCUUGGGAGCCUUCAGCUGCCAUUCCCAGGAAACCCGUGGCUGAAAUCCCUUGGGAGCCAGCACCUGGGAUCCCCAGGAUUCCUACAGUGGGGAUCCCUUGGGAGCCUGCAGGAGGGAUCCCCAGGAGUCCUGCAAUUGAGAUCCCCAGGAUCCCUGCAGCUGAAAUCCCCAGGAUCCCUGCGAUUGAGAUCCCGUGUGAGCCUGCAGCUGAGAUCCCCACCAUUCCUGGAGCUGGGAUCCCCUGGGAAGCUGCAGCUGAGGUCCCCAGGGCCAGGAGCCCGCUGUGCUUUGCUGAUGGAGCCUCUCCCAAGUCCAACUCUCUGGAUGUGACCUGGCCCGAGAUGUACGAGUACCUGUUCUGCGAUUCCCAGGAGGAGGAGGAGCUGGGCAGCUCCCUGGAGGGCAGGAAAUCCCCCUUGCCCAGGGAAAUCUCCUGGCCUGAACUCUACGAGUACCUGUUCAAUGAGCCAGAAGGAAGCAGGAAAAAAGGCAAAGCGAAAGACAGGAAAAGAAAGAAGUUCAGCAGCUUGGAGCGCGCUGGGAGGCGAAAGGAGGCUCCCAGCCCGGCCCCAGGCGAGGACACCGUGGUUAUCCCAGUCCCUGACGUGUAUGAACACUUCUUCCCAGAGAGAGCCCCCAGCAGGAUGGGCUGGAGAGGGAUCUUCUCCAUGGCCUCAGCCUCGGAGGUGAAGAAAGCUGUGGGGGCUUUGAGGUCCCUGCUGCAGAGGCAGGUGCAGCAGGGAGGAGGCCGAGCCUCGGGCUCUGGUGCCCUGGUGCCCAGGAGGUCCGGGGAGCAGCUGGCCCUGGUCCCGCUGGGAGCAGCCCAGGUGUGGCCAGAGGAUGGAGACACGGCCCUGGCACUGAGAGGAGCGGCAGAGGAGCCGCGGGUGCCGAGCCACAAGGACAUGUGCCUCGUCUUCUGCGCCUUCGCCUCCUGGGCUGUGAAGACAUCUGACCUGCAGGCUCCGGAUGCCUGGAAGACCAUGUUCCUGGCGAGCUUCGGGACCCUCUCGGCCAUCCGCUACUUCCGACGGCAGGUCAGGGAAGGGCACCCCCGGACUUAACCCCUGCCUGGCCGGAGCCGCUGCCCGAGGCUGGGAUUGCUCCGGACAGCGGGAGGAGCCCGGACCGGCACCGAGCGGAGCGGGCAGGGUGGCACAAGGGACUGCGACCCUCCCGGGGACAGCGACAGGGCAGGACAGGGCACCGCGGGUCCCUCCUCCCUGCUGGACUCACCGGCGGCGCGGGAGGAGCGGAGUGGGGGAGAUCCUGUACGAUGCGGCGGGAGUCGGGAUAGUCGCGACAGACGGAGAGAUCUCUAAUUCUGGUCUUGAAACUUGUGGGUUACUGCACAGGGCGUGGGUGGAAAGGGCAGAAGGAGUUGGGGCAGUGAGAGUUCUGAGAGGUAAGAGAGAGGGAAUCAGAGAAGGAAGUGAGAGAGCGAAGUAAGAGAGAGAUUUUCCCGUUUACAGCACAAUAAAUCUUCUAUGCUGAAUAUUCUAAUUUCCACUACCCAAUCUAAUUCAGGAUACAAAUACUUCAGCAUUUACACACAGCCUGUAAGAAUCAUUACAUCACCACCAUGUGUUGUACUUUAAACCCUAAAAAUCACUUUUUGGAGCUCUUCUGCCAAUCCAGCAGGGUCCUCUCCGAGCUUUGGACCAUUGUUCCAUCAAGAGGGGAUUUCUUUCCUCCCCAUUCUCUCGUCUUGUAGUUAUUUAGUAACUCAGGUUUGGUAUCUCAGAGAUGAAUUUCAUUUCAACCUCACUGAUGGUUUCCAUAUUCUCAAAAUCUUUUGCUAGCCAAUCAUAUUUAUAAGGUUUUCCUGAUUCAUCCUUCCCAACAAGGGAGGAAGCAGGGAAAUGCUUCAUCCUCACCA